GCUCAGUUAGCAGUAGUGUGUCCGACGUCCAGGUGUUUUCGGAUGGGGAUACCAGCUCGCACGUUCAUUUGAGACGACCGCCUGUCACUCGACAACCCGGAGCGGGGUUGUCAACACGAUUGCGUUGUCUAAACAUGGAGCAUGUACGUGCAGUGGACUGUGUUUGAGCAGAGGAUAUGUGAGUAGUGGGACGCACUGUGUUCAACACACCGUAAUGAUGUAUUGUAUGCGUUUAGAUAACUUUUCGAUCAUUUCAUUUCCGAGCAGGGUUGUGUGGCGGUAGGCGGUGGCGUAGCUAGGGUAAGAGUGCCGCCAGGGCUGGGGCCAAUCUUUUUCCGCCGACCAUUUUUCUACGAAAAGCGUUCUGUGGUUGGCCGAAAAUGCCGCGCUUCAAUAUAAGGGUAAAGAGCGCCCAUACCUCCCACCCCCGGGGCUGAUCGUCCCCACCAUGCCCCACUUACUACGUCAUUUGUCAAAGGUAAUGUACUUGGUAUCCUUUCAUUAUGAUAAUUCAGAUCUGCAGCCACACAAUUAUCUUCGUUUCGAGAUGGAAAAGGUUAUUGUGAGGGAGGGGGGGGCAGGUAGUCAUUCUAUUGCUAAUCUUUAAAAAUACUUGACGGUCUUUAACAUUAAGAAUAUGUUGUUGUUAUUUUAAAAAAAAAACUUAUUUAUCUAUCCAAAACGUUUUUGAAGUUUUCAGCCGACCCUUUAAUUGGUCUCCACGUAAGCAGGGUGGGAUUUUUUUGUUUUAUUUAUUUUUUAAAAAAAGCAACAUAUGUCACCUUUUUUUUAGCAUUUAAACUUUCGAAUCAGUGGCGUAGAAAGUGCGUGCGGGAAGGGGGCAGGCUGUCCGGGGUGACCCCUCCCCCCCCCUUUUUUUUUCUUCUUUAUAUGGAAGGAUGCGAGUUUCGCCCAGAAUCAGUUUGAUUUUUUUUUAAAAUUUUCUUUGACAUUUCGGAUCUCUGUUUAUUGCCUAAUUCACUUUUAUCAAAUGGAUCACAGAAUCACAUUACACAUUUUAAAUGUAAGACAACAGCUCCUCCUUUACAGCUGAAAGUAGGAUAAUUAUAAACGCAAUAAUCGUGUUCCUUAAAAUUAUAAUCAUAUCCGCAGGAAUAUAGAUAAAGACAGCCUCCAUUUAUAACACAUGGCUGAUGCAUCUUCUUGUCUCGCCAUGACUCUUUUUACUUCUCGUGCAGAAUCUCGUAUUCUCUCGAACGUGUUAAAAAAUUGAUUGUCUAAAUUACGAGACAUUACGUAUACGAAUUUUAAAAAAAUAUUGGUAGCUAAAUUGCUAAUGAAUAAACAUAGCUGUCUUUUUUUUUUUUGUUUAAUUACUCAAAAUUGCAAUCUAUCUCCUAUUCAUUUUACAUUUUAUUAUAUUUAGUCAUUUAAAAAAAAAUUCUGCCUUUUUAUAUACUAAGAAUUAUUUAAUAUUAUUUGCAUAUAUUGAUAAUGCCUCUCCAAUGUGUCUGUUUCAUAUUGACGGAAUAGAGUGGAAAACUACCUAAAUUGCUCGACAUAUACAAUAGUCAAGCGUGAAUAAUUCAUGAUGUGAGAUACGGCACGUGUUGUUUCCCCGCCACCUACUGUGAACGGUCACUGCAGCGUGCCUAGCACUGACACUGCCUGCGUUCGUUGGGCUCUGUCAGGGUCCGUUUUUAUCACUAGUUAUAAAUUAUUUGUAUGCCUAGAACCAAAAGACUUGUCCAAAAAAAAAUAUAUUAAAAAUAAGUUGUAUUUCCAGGGUCAGGUCUUGUCCAAACACUAAUUAAAAAUACGUUGUAUAUCUAGAGUCAUGACUUGUCAGCAGGGCCGGAUUAAGCCAUCUUGAUGCCCUAGGCACAAACCCACGUGGGUGCCCCCUACAGUCCCGGCCCCCCCCCCCCGAUCCUCCACUGACUGCUGGUAUGUUCAAUAUUAUGCAAAAACCAAACAGUUGUGAAAUGUAAACACAUAUGUUUGUAUUACUAUCACUCAUAUAAAACCUACAAGAAGGUAUUUAUGUAUUAAAAUUAAUAGUUAAUUAUUUUUGUAAUACUAGUAGACAAAAAUACUGUAACUUUUUUGAUAGAUAAGAAAGUCAGAGAGAGCACACAUUUACAUUUUAAAGUUCUUUUUUCUAGAUUUACGUCUGGCAAAGUUUUUGAGUACAUCAUCAAAGUUAAUUUUGCGCAACAAGUCUGCCUCAAUCAUCAGCAAAGAUAAGAAAUCAAGCCUUUCUUGUUUCAUUUUCGAUCUACUUGGAUUUUUUUGUACGUUUCAACUGAGAAAAAGAGUCCUCAGUUAAACAGUUCGUAACCAUUAAUGUUAAAAAUAUGCGCAAGGCGAUUUCUACAUUUGGAAAAGCACACUCGAUGUUGUCUCUAACUUACUUUGUAGAGUUCUGCAUGACUGAACGUGUUGUUCUCAGAUUUUGAUGCACUAAACUUGUGGCGAAUACAUGAGUGGCACUGUUGUAUUUAAGUACAUACAUUAUUGUUCAGAUCUUCAGAAUAAGCAUUUAUUAGUCCUUCACAACACUGAGAUUUUUGUGGUACAUCGACCAAACAAGAAAAUCGAACUGCUAGAUCAUUAUAUACCUGUCCUCGUCUACUCAUCUCUGCCUCAAGUUUGUCAACAAUGGUGUAGAAAGCAGAUAUAUGAAAUUUGUCUCUGACAUUCUGAGAUACCUCAGGGGCAUCACCAUCAAUGACCACUGUCUUUCGUUUACGGUGUUUCUGCUUCUCUUCUGGUGUCCCCCUUCUGUGACUGGUCUUCUUGUAGUCUAGGACUACUCUAGUGACUAAUUAAACUCAAGUCCAUGGCAAGGAGCCAAGGCUUGUCUAAACAUCAGUAAACAAACAUAGUCAAUCUAGCCAAGGAAUUGAUGAACUCACAAUCUCAUCAUUAAAACAUAAUCAUCACAUUGGACUUUAAAGAAGAAAAAAAUCAAUAGCUUUGUACUUUAAAAUUCGUGUGCUGAUAUCCUGUUGUAACGUGAAUAUCCAGAAUUCAUGUUUACUGCGGGCUGAACAAUUUGUUAACCCAGACUCAAUGUUGUUGCGAGGGGAGUACGCCUCACAAAGGAGGACACAAUAACUCGUCAGAUGCAUACCAUUUUGUUUCCUCUGUUCUAAGCAACAGUUUGAUUAAGAUUCUCAAACUGAACUUACGUCCCUGCUGCUGAACGUACACAAUAUUCACACACAAAAAGAAAACACACGUCGUUCAGCACAGUGGAGUUGUUAGCGUAAGUGCCGCCCGGGGCGUGACAAGGUAUAUUUCCGCCCACCCACAAAAAAAAGAAAGAUGGCUAAGAUAACUAUCUAUUGAUAUAGAGAAGAAAAAAAGGUGCCCCCCUCCCCCAUGGGCGGGCUGUCCCCCCAUUCCCACCCUUCCCACGUAAGCUGUUCAGCACACCAGCCUUGAUGUUACUGUUCUAAAAAUCAUGUUUUGUUGAAUAUGAGUUUAGGGCUGAAUAUGAGUUUAGGGCUGUAAGCCAAUUCAUUAUUAUUCUUUUUGUAAGCAUAUAUCCACUGGAUUAUUCUAUAAUCAUGGUGAUUAGAGAUUUAAUGAACACGAUUAAGACAUAUAAAGCGUUUUCCAGCAGAUAGAAAACUCUACCCAACAUAAUAACACAUUUUCCAAAUUGUUUCUUCUUUUUUUUUCUGAAGGGGGCUUUUUGCCGAUACCUUCAUCGUUUCGUGUUAAUGUUUCUAUAGAUUGUCUCGCCUAGCCCGGGUGUAUUUAAUUAACUUUAAGGCAAUGGAGGUGGCAUUUAAUAAUCAGCGUGCUCUGUCGAGACUUUUAUAUACAUUCAAUUGGUGUCUGGAUUUCUAUCCCACCAAAGUCUAGACAAGCAAAUACAUCACCAGCACCCAAGGUGAAUGGGACUCAUUAGCUUCGGAAAACACUUAAUUCAAUCCCUGACAGGUAAACAUCAGGCUAGCAAAGCCAGCAGUAACUGUGGUUAAAUUGAAUACGUGGGUGUGGAAUAAUCUUAAACUAACUGAUAUUACAAAACGUAGCGUCCAUCAGGCAUUUGUGUUUAGUACGCACCUAUAUGGCAGUGAAGUUUGGACCACAUAUACCAGUCUUUAGCGGAAACUCAACAGCUUCCAUGAAAGAUGUCUGCGUUACACUUUACGAAUUCGAUGGCAGGACAAGGUGCCUAACGCAGAGAUUUUGGAACGUGCACAAAUGUGUAGCAUUUGUUCAACUUUUGGCCGGGGGCGCCAUCGCUGCUUAAGCCAUGUAAGGAGAAUGGAGGGAGGCCGUAUUUUAAAAGAUAUGCUGUACGGAGAGUUGUCAGAAAGGACAAGACUUAUUGAACGGCCACGAAUUGGAUUUAUGGACGUUAGAUAAAGGGAAGCCAACGUCAUCUUGUCACACAAAACCACAUGAUAUCUCGCCACAACAAGCCGCAUGAUAUCUCGCCACACAAAGCCGCAUGAUAUCUCGCCACACAAAGCCGCAUGCUGUUUUCUCGCACAAAACAUAAUUUUGUCUUGUCACACCAAACAACAAGUUAUCCUGCCACACCAAACCACAUGAUGUCUCGCCACACCAAACCACAUGAUUUCGUGUCACACAAAACAACGUGUUAAAUUUUCACACUAUACCUCGUUGCAUGGGCGCCCCCAGAAAACUUUCCAGGGGGGGGGAGGCGGGGCAAAAAAUUUUUAGUAAUGUUUUAAUAUAGUUUUAAUUUACUGUAGCGUAUUUGUAUGGUGAAGGAACGGACAGGACAUCAGCUUAGUUACUUUCUCUUUAUUUUCUCUUUACUUUAAUCAUUUUUGUGUCUAUUUUUAUCUAAAAAAUUUUUAUCCAAUCAAUCCAGGGGGAAGGGCAAGUGCCUACCUGCAGGCGCCCAUGCCUCGUUGUAUCUCACCCCCCACAAAACAACUGGGGCAUCCGGAAAUUAAGGUCAAUCAAUCCAUAAAUCUUUUUAUUUUUUUAAAAAAAUAAACAAUUAACUAUUAAUCGAAUUUUGAAUUGUCAGACGAUACAAACAUGGCCAAUCAUCGGGCAACAAGUAGCAGUUACUCUGAACGAUGAUCAGUUCGCAGACUCAUGUUAGUAGUGACGGUGUCAAUGAAACCAUAUUAGAAUCUAAUUCAAGGCGUAUGAAGGUCACGGGGUCUGACUUAGAACAAGGCGUUGAAGGCCCUGAUUAUGAACUAAACCACUUGUUUUAAAAUAAAAAUAAAAAAAGAAGAAGAUUGGGAAAGUUGUUGAAUCAGUUGAUCCACUACAACAGUGGGAGGUUGAUAAACACUGAUUGACAUUAUUGGCCAAGGCAUGUCUGUAUAUACCAGCCUCGUGAGAUCAGUAUGGACGUUUAUUUAGCCCUGCUGGGUACAUUGUCAAUAAGACACGCUCAUCCUUAGGACCAAAAUAUACUGUCAUACACCGAUCUGCUGGUCUGCUUGGGUAGUUGGUUAUCUGAUGACAUUAAAACGGGAACAGGCUUGUGCAUAUUUAGUUCAUGAAAUCUAUACAUUUUUGGGGGGUUCGUAUCUGUAACUACUAAAGUUUUUAAAUGUAAUCGAAAAUAACCAGCCCCCCCCCCACAAAAAAAAAACGUGUUAUUUUCUCAGACCGAGCAACGUGUCAUCUAGGCCAAACAAAACCCCCAGGUUAUCUUGUAAUGUGAAACCACAUUUUAUCUAGCCGCACCAAACCAUAUGUUGACUUGUUUCACCAAACAACGUGCUAUGUGGUCCCAAUAAACCACGUGCUAUCUCGUCACACCAAAUAACGUGCUGUCUCCGUCACACCAAUCCACGUGCUAUCUCGUCACACCAAAUCAGGUGCUAUCUCGUCAAACCAAAUCACGUGCUGUCUCGUCAAAACAAACCACGUGCUAUCUCGUCACACCAAAUCACGUGCUAUCUCGUCACAUCAAAUCACGUGCUUUCUCGUCACCCCAAAUCACGUGCUAUCUUGUCACACCAAUCCACAUGCUAUCUCGUCACACCAAACCGCGCGCUAUCUCGUCCACACCAAAUCACGUGUUAUUUCGUCAGAAUAAAAUCAAUUUAAGGCAGUGGCAAAGAAUGAUGUGUUCAAGAAUGACGUCUUCAUAAACACUUCAAAAAUAUCAAGUACAUACUUUUCAUCUAUAUGCUCAGUGACCCGCCCCCCCCCCUUUUUUUUCCAACCUCCGGGGCCAUCGUUCCACACUUCCCCUUACCCUCUACCUGCCCCUUUAGUGGGUUGUGACAGAAACUAUAUUAAUUCAUUUCAACUUUAAGUUAUUAUCUGGGUUUAACUGCGAGUGAAGGAACAUUAGCAAAUUCUAACAGUCAACUGGUCCUCAAAUCCUACACCAUGUUGAAAUGUUGAGAGACAAGAGGCCCACCCCCCCCCCCCCCCCCCCCAAAAAAAAAAAGAAUUAUAUAAUUGAAUACAAAAGUAUAUGUUCUAUACCAUAUAUGUUUUAAUGUUAAACUGAUCUAUUGCUUCCAAAGUCAGUCUGAUUAAUGUUUUUUUUUCUCUGCCAUCAACUAAAAUGUCCAUCGUUGUUCAAAGUGACAUUGAUGGAAUGCUGUACUGUAAGCCAGGCUAGGAAAAACGACAGCAAUCAAUUAAUGGGUUGGUGCUUUAGUGUUGAUGUGUCAUUUGCAAUCAUAGGUUGGUUUUGUUUUUUUUUGUUUACAUGAUGUGUUUUUAGAUCGCUAAAAAUUAGUGAUGCUGUGUUUUCAUUGGCAGUUAUGUUGAAUGUGACCCGAUGUUAUGAUAUCACUGCUAGUUGUGUCGAAUGUGACCCGGUGUUAUGAUAUCACUGCUAGUUGUGUCGAAUGUGACCAGGUGUUAUGAUAUCACUGCUAGUUGUGUCGAAUGUGACCCGGUGUUAUGAUAUCACUGCUUGAUGGCCUGGUUCUUGCCUGGUAAUAUGUUUUCAUAGCUACUUGGGCUGGCUCACAUUUGGUGUUAUGUUAUCAUAGCUUCUUGGACUGGCUCACAUUUGGUGUUAUGUUAUCAUAGCUACUUCGACUGGCUCACAUUUGGUGUUAGUUAUCAUAGCUACUUGGGCUGGCUCACAUUUGGUGUUAUGUUAUCAUAGCUACUUGGACUGGCUCACAUUUGGUGUUAUGUUAUCAUAGCUACUUGGACUGGCUCACAUUUGGUGUUAUGUUAUCAUAGCUACUUGGACUGGCUCACAUUUGGUGUUGUAUUAUCAUAGCUACUUGGGCUGGCUCACGUUUACUGUUAUGUUAUCAUAUCUACUUGUACUGGCUCACGUUUGGUGUUAUGUUAUCAUAGCUACUUGGACUGGCUCAUAUUUGGUGUUAUGUUAUCAUAGCUACUUGGACUGGCUCACAUUUGGUGUUUUGUUAUCAUAGCUACUUGGACUGGCUCACAUUUGGUGUUAUGUUAUCAAAGCUACUUGGGCUGGCUCACAUUUGGUGUUAUGUUAUCAUAGCUACUUGGACUGGCUCACAUUUGGUGUUAUGUUAUCAUAGCUACUUGAACUGGCUCACAUUUUCUGUUAUGUUAUCAUAGCUACUUGGACUUGCUCACAUUUGGUGUUAUGUUAUCAUAGCUACUUGGACUGGCUCACAUUUUGUGUUAUGUUAUCAUAGCUACUUGGGCUGGCUCACAUUUGGUGUUAUGUUAUCAUAGCUACUUGGGCUGGCUCACGUUUACUGUUAUGUUAUCAUAGCUACUUGGGCUGGCUCACGUUUACUGUUAUGUUAUCAUAGCUACUUGGGCUGGCUCACGUUUACUGUUAUGUUAUCGUAGCUACUUGGACUGGCUCACAUGUUUUGUUAUGUUAUCAUAGCUACUUGGGCUGGCUCACAUUUGGUGUUAUGUUAUCAUAGUUACUUGGACUGGCUCACAUUUGGUGUUAUGUUAUCAUAGCUACUUGAACUGGCUCAAAUUUGGUGUUAUGUUAUCAUAGCUACUUGGACUUGCUCACAUUUGGUGUUAUGUUAUCAUAGCUACUUGGACUGGCUCACAUUUUGUGUUAUGUUAUCAUAGGUACUUGGGCUGGCUCACAUUUACUGUUAUGUUAUCAUAGCUACUUGGGCUGGCUCACGUUUACUGUUAUGUUAUCAUAGCUAAUUGGGCUGGCUCACGUUUACUGUUAUGUUAUCAUAGCUACUUGGGCUGGCUCACGUUUACUGUUAUGUUAUUAUAGCUACUUGGACUGGCUCACAUUUGGUGUUAUGUUAUCAUAGCUACUUUGGCUGGCUCACAUUUGGUGUUGUGUUAUCAUAGCUACUUGGGCUGGCUCACAUUUUCUGUUAUGUUAUCAUAGCUACUUGGACUGGCUCACAUUUGGUGUUAUGUUAUCAUAGCUACUUGGGCUGGCUCACAUUUGGUGUUAUGUUAUCAUAGCUGCUUGGGCUAGCUCACGUUUACUGUUAUGUUAUCAUAGCUACUUGGACUGGCUCACAUUAGGUGUUAUGUUAUCAUAGCUACUUGGGCUUGCUCACGCCUGGUGUUAUGGUAUUGCAACAUGUGGGUGAAUAGACUAUAUUUAAAUAAGCUCAAGAAAUACUAGAUUGUGAACCAUAGAACACGAGAGUAUGAGGAUGGUUCAGCCAUAAUUGAAGACAUAGAAUUACUGAAUAAUUUUUGACAAUUGAACAAGGAAGUGUUAGUUAUUUGAACUACCCAAUGACGUGUUAAGAUCAUAAAAGUGUACUGGAGGAUCUACGAUUUUAUACUUUUUAUUGUUAUGGGAGUAUUUCAAUAAAAGUGAAGUGUGUGAAAACUGUACUUGAUAUUUUCAUUAUGGAGUGCGGUGAGAGUCGUGUGCAUGCCUGGGAGUGGCGAUAGGGUGAGCAUCCAUAGAGUUGUGAAGAGAAUUGAGUUCAUGCGUAGAGGGCAUCCGUGUAGUUGUGAAGAGAAAUUUGUUCAUGCAUAGAGGGCAUCUAUAUAGUUGUGAGGAAUAUUGUGCUCAUGCAAAGAGAUCAUGCAUAUACUUGUGAAGAAUAUUGUGUUCAUGCGUAGAGGGCUUCCAUGAAGUUGUAAAGAAUAUUAUGUUCAUGCAUAGAGAUCAUCUCCAUUGUAAUAGUGAAGAAUAUUGUGUUCGUGUAUGUGACAGGUGGUUUGAGGUUCAAUGUAUGAGAAGAACAGCUAAAUGUUAAAUUCUGUUACAAUAUAGACAUGGUUAAAAGUUACAGCCAUCAGUGCUUACUAGGACGGAAAAAGCUUGCUGUUGUGUUAUCAAAGCUAGGUAUAAUAAUGAUCACGCUUAGUGUUAAGGUAUCAUCGCUAGUUAUGAAAGAUAACCUUUGGUGUAAUGCUACCAUUGCUAAUUAUCGCUAGCUAUGCGCCCCCCAAACCCGCAGACGGUCGUACGCAAGACCCACGACUCAGCCAUGGAAAAAUAGAACGCUUUGCUCCAAUCAGAACAAUCAGACCAGACAUUAAUGGAUUGUGACCCACGACUGAAGAAUAUCAAUGUUGUAAAAAGUGUGUGUGUGUGGGUGGGGGGGGGCUUUUAAGGGUGUGCGAAUAGAAAGGUGAUUGAUAAACAAUACUGACGUAAAGGUGUCAACAAACAAUGCCUACAUGAAGGAGUUGAUAAACAAUGCUAACAUAAAGGUGUCAAUAAAAAAUACUGACAUAAUAAGGUGUCAAUAAAUAAUACUGACAUGAAGGUAUCAAUAAACAAUGCUGACAAUCUUGACCUUGGACUUAUUAUCGUCAGUCUCAAGUAGAGCUUAUCGAUGACUUUGAACUAUCCACCUCACUGUGAGAUAGACCGCACGUAAAGGGAAAUAUCUUCAUUAAGUUACAUGUACGGCCAUGGUAAGAGCACUUCGUUUGUUUGUUUUUUUUCUUCAUCGUAUCCGUGUCAACGGAUUUGCCUUACCACAAUCACCGACUACAACUCGAAGCGCCUUUUCCAUCGCAUUCGUGAGAGUGAAUAUCUCCAAAUACUCAUCGUAUUGACCUGCAAACCUUUUUUUUCCACGUUAGACAUUGUCUUUACGUGUCCGCGACUACUCACUCGUUAUACCCGGUGAUCAAUACAAAUUCGUAUUCACUGCAGUUCUGCGCAGGAGAACAUCAGGCAAUUUGUUUCGUCCGGGGCUGUCGCCACCCACUUCAUUUUGAGUAUUGAGUGGUAUCGGUUUAUUUUUAUUAUCCCAGUGCAUUCGGCACAAUUUUAUUUUUUACGAAGGACACAUCUCGCGAAAGAGGAAGAGGUUAAUCCAAACCAAACUGUUGGGUCAGAUGGAGCAUGCGUUAUUUGAAGCACUGAGUUGAGAUACAAUUGAUAACUGUAAAGGAAAAUUUUUUUUAAAAACUUGGGAACUUGCAGCAUUAGUCAUAAGCUUUACCUAAAACGUAUUGACCUUUUAAAGUGUUCUAAAUGGCAAUCUAUCAGACCAUAAAUGGUAUUAACAUUCCCCUGUCUGUUGAUUUACAACAAAAAAAAAAUAUACCGUUUAAAGCUGGUGUGUCUUGCCUCUAGCCUAAUCCUUCUUGGUGUUUUUUGCAUUCGCUGACUCUUGGCUUCCUAGGUAAUCCUUGCAGUCUCUGACUCUUGGCUUCCUUGGUGUUUAUUGCUUCCUCUGACUCUUGGCUUCCUUGGUGAUCCUUGCUUCCUCUGACUCUUGGCUUCUUUGGUGUUUCUUGCUUCCUCCGACUCCUGGCUAUCUUUUUUUUUCUUUUUGGCAUCCUUGAAUCCUGGCUUCAUACAUUCCCACAACUACUGACACACAACUACUGACACACAACUACUGACACACAACUACUGACACACAACUACUGACACCCAACUACUGACACACAACUACUGACACACAACUACUGACACACAACUACUGACACACAACUACUGACACCCUUGACGUUUCUUCCUUCUUCCGACUUUUCCCUUCCUUCCAGUAGUUUUGUAUAGAGGUCACUUCCAGAAAGAGACAUACUUUGAAAGGCUUUCAUUUCUUCAUCCUUUUGAUAGUCUUAAUGUAGGCUGUAGCAAGCCCGUAGCUAUAUAUACAACAGAAUAAACUGGAAAGAGAUCCAAUCGAACCACGAGUUAAUAAAAUUUCAUUUUAGUAAAGUAAAUAACUAAAACAAAUAAUAUUAAUGAAAUCAACUUUUUUACGAUAUCCUCUUAGAAAUAAGUCGAUUGAUUUUAAACUCUGCUGCUGCAUCCUUUUGCUUAUCUUUCAAAUGUUCUUUUCACUACAAUUAUAUAUACUUAAUUAUUAGUCUACAUAAGUCUUUAUUUUAUUUUAUUAUUUUUUUUUUUUUUGUUUUUUUUGAAAAAUCAUUAUUUUCAAUAAAAAAUAAACUGCUGCAUCCUUUUGCUUAUCUUUCAAAUGUUCUUUUCACUACAAUUAUAUAUACUUAAUUAUUAGUCUACAUAAGUCUUUAUUUUAUUUUAUUAUUUUUUUUUUUUUUGGUAUUCUUGAAAAAUCAUUAUUUUCAAUAAAAAAUAACGCUAUAAAAUUCAUCAAACAGCAAGUAUGUUUGGAAUUAAUCAAUUUGUUAAUUUCAUUUACAUAAGAAGGGCCUCUGUCCGACCACUGAUUGAACAGCAUGGAAAAUUUAAUUCGCCUGCAAUUUUUUUUUUUUUUUUUUUUUUUUUUUUUAUUUUUUUUUUUUUUUUUUUUUUCUUUUUUUUUUUUUUUUUUUUUUUUUUUUAAAUUAUUUUUUUUGUUAUCGUUCCAUAUUCUGUUGGUUUAAAGAGUUGUGAAUUUCAGAGCAUACCGUUACCGGUAAGAACAACUACUUCAGUGAGACUUUUAUAUUAAAAAAAAAAACCCACUUAAAACUAUCCUAUACCAACCUAUGGUUUAAAGUCAUUGAAAAACUAAAUGAAUACGUCUUCAACGCCAUUAACGUGACGCUAAACAAUGCUGGCGUCGGUGGUCUAAUCCUGGCGUCGGUGGUCUAAUCCUGGCGUCGGUGGUCUAAUCCUGGCCGUACACUGUACUAUACGGUGUAUAUGGACGCAUCAUGUCUAUGUUCAAAUGUUUUGAAGUUGAAAACUUAAAAAAAAAACACACACAAAAAAACAAAAGAAAAAACAUGGGUACACAAAAUAUGUUCUCUCUUUUUACUCUGUCUCUCUCUGUGCUAUGUUUCAUGGUAACGACCUGCAAACCCUUUCUUCCACGUUAGGCAUUGUCUUUACGUGACACGCCCAAGAGGUGGCAUCAGUGUAAAUGUGUCGAAAUACUGGGCAACGCCCCUGUUCGCUAACGCAUGCGGACUGCAACGAUGGAGAAGAACGAGAACAGGUUACCAGGGUCGGCUCUUCGUAGGGAAAGGUGAUGCCUAUAAAUUUUCUUUUUAAUUGAUAAAAUAAUGUCUGCAUCAUUAUUAAAUUCAAAGUCGGUCAGUAGGAGCAGUCUCAAAAGAAGUAGAAGAUUUACCAUUUUUACUUUUAAAUGUUAAUUAGGGGACAGCAUGUGGCGGUACAAUUUAUCGUCUUAUGCUGCGCUUAAAUUUCAAAUUUAAAAAAAAAAAAUGUCUCUAAUGUCUCUUAAACAGUUUUUAUUACUUUAUUGUAUUGCUUGCCUGUUAGGACAUGGAUAGGUCACAACGUGGAGGGCUAAAAUAAAUUUGUCACACAAUUUGCUGGCAUCCGUCCGUCACAAUGUGACGAUGGAGUGGGCUUCGGAGGACGAAAUCCACAUGGCCUGGGAUUAUACUUCAAGCUGGUUCCCAACAGCUAAUCGCCUCUCUCCACGCCGCUGGGUAACCCAAGGGAACAUCAUUGGAUAAUACGGCUUGGCACCAGUGACGUCGCAGGAGUUGGAAUUUUUCAUUCUAUCAAUGUUAUCCGCCUUUUGGGACUCCAGCUCCGGGUUUGAUUUCAGAGUUGCCUUUUCUUAGAUGAGUUGCCAUCCAAGGUUAACGAGUCCCAUCCACCCGGGGUGCUGGGGGUGUUUUUGCUUGACUGGGCUCUGGCUGGAAUUGAACUCCAGACCACAACCUUGAGAUUUGCUCAGUUUCGACCACUCGGCCACCAAGCACCCGAUAUCCUUUUUAAAAAAAAAAAAAGCAGCAGAUGUGUGUACAAUAAUCAAAUCAAGAUUUUAACAUUGUCAUCAGACUCUAACUGAUCUCUGACCGGCUAACUGGCUGGAAUUGAACUCCAGACCACAACCUUGAGAUUUGCUCAGUUUCGACCACGCGGCCACCAAGCACCCGAUAUCCUUUUUAAAAAAAAAAAAAGCAGCAGAUGUGUGUACAAUAAUCAAAUCAAGAUUUUAACAUUGUCAUCAGACUCUAACUGAUCUCUGACCGGCUACAGUACGAUGGCGCCUUCUUCACCGUACCGUCUAACAUCCUAUCAUCUUCUUUAUUUUUUUUUUUUGGCUUCCGCAUGUCCCCGCUUAGUUCCACCUGCUCCACGUCCUCUUUCUUCUGAUCUACGCCCUUUUCAACCCUGGUCCACGUCGUCCUUCUUCCUCUCCACGCCCUCUUCUCCCCUGCUCCACGUCCUCUCUGUUCUGAUCCCUGCUCUCUUCACCCCUGCUCCACGUCCUCUAUCUUCUGAUCCCUGCUCUCUUCACCCCUGCUCAACGUCCUCCUUCUUCCUAUCCACGCCCCCUUCCCCCUGAUCCACGCCCUCUUCCCCCUGAUCCACGCCCUCUUCCCCCUGAUCCACGACCUCUUUCCCCUGAUCCACACCCUCUGCCCCCCUUUAUUUACGCCAUUGUUCGUCUAAUCCCCUCCCUCUUAACCCAAUGAUCCACGCCCUCUUCCCCCUGAUCCACGCCCUCUUCUGAAUGAUCCACGCCCUCUUUAUUCCGAUACCCGCCCACUUUCACCCGAUCUGCGUCCUGUUUCCUCUGAUACCCCCCUCCCUCCCUCUUCCGUAACCCCACACCUCAUACUGGCCGUACUUUAAAGCACCACCCACCAGCAGUGUGGGUGGGUGGGUGGCGUGAGACACCGUAACAACAUUGCGUCGGCGGUGCAGAGUUUCGAAAUGGCCAGCAACGCUAUACGUCCACGAAGCUAGUAGAGUUAUAUUUCCAAAACUUCUCUUUACAAACAACCCAAGCCAGCUUAGGGGGACUAAUUUUUUUUGUAUAAAGAAAAACAGUAAGCGGUCGUGCACGAAUCUCAUUAGAACCUUCAUAGCGUACCAUCUUCCCCCAGACCCCCCCCCCCCCCCACACUUGUAAAACUAAAACUUCGCCGCUGAGACAGCAGCCCCCCACCCCCCGCCCAGCGUAGGGCAACUAUAUGAAUAAAUGAAACCGAAUUGGACAAAGGUCAAUCCGGUAAAUGCCAUAGGGGGGGGGUGGAAAGGGGUGAAAAUAAAACUUCUUUGGGAAAAAAAAAAUCAAUGGGUUUUCUCAUUAGACCUGGCAAUGUGUUACAAUAACAUUCGUUUCUUGACUGCACCUGGACUCAAUCAGAAAGUGAUUGUUUCAAUCAAAUACAUACAGCAAAAAUGUAAGCAACUUUAACGAAUUUUUCCAUGUGGAAAUUUACCAAAUAUGAGAAGCAGUGUAAACAUUUGUUGGAAUAAUUGAAAAACAUGAAUACAGGUUAAGUCCAUAUAUUUGUUAUUGCACUGUAACCAUACGCGGUCAAUUUCCCAACUAUGUACGAAGUAAUUGAUAACCGUAAAGACAACAUAUCAAUGGUGACUUGUUUGUGUAUUGAGGAGUUUGUGUGUGUGUGUCUGUGUGUCUUUAGGAUUGGCGUGUGUAUUUGUGUGUUUUUGUGAGUGUGCACGUGUGUGGUUGUGACUUUCUCUGUGUGUAGGUAUACAUAAUAUGGGAUUGCGGACUUGUGUGUGUUUGCAUGGAUGUUUUUGAGCGUGUGUCAGUAUUUGUGUGUGUGUGUGUGCGCAUGUGUGUGAUUAUGUGCGUGAGUGUUUUUUGUGCGUGCCGGUGUCUACGUUUGUUUGUCUAUGCUAUAUAAGUGUGUCUAUGCUAUAUAAAUACAUCAACUCCACCUUUACAUUCCCCCAUGGAUUGCCUCUGCGUAACAUUUCGCACCCAUUAGUCAAAUGUUGACAGAGCUUCUACUAUCAAACCAUUCCCCCCCCCACCCCCAACAUUGUCACGUUAGCUUGAGCCGUAUUUGCACAGGCUGUUAACGUAUCAGUCCGUUAAGCAUGGAAAGAGCUUUCAACGUAUCCGUGGAACGUCCAAGCUGUUUAAAAAUGCCCUGAACAAAAUGUCGUGCGUUGUAUAUUUCAAUGUAUAUCGAAUUUAAAAUAAAACGUCCCUAGGCGAUAGCACAUGCGGCGCAAACCAACAACCCCUUUAUUCUGGCAUAUAGCUCAGGCUCAACUUGGAAGUCCACUAUCCCAAAGCGAUACCAGCGAUGACGAGGUAAGCCUUGGUACCGCUAUACUGUGCAACCUACGGCAAAAUGUCUAAGACAGUGUGGACCGGAAGAGGUGUAGGCACUGGACCUGAAAAAAAAAAUGUCGCCAAGGUGAAGGUGACUGUUCACCCCUGGCAAAGUAUGUGUGUGUGGAAACUGAACUAAUUUUGUUCAACGCCUCGGAAGAAAGAUGAACCACUUUGGCACGUGAAGCCUCAGAAAAAUCCUCAACAUCAAAAUACAGGAAAAAAUACAUUUCUAUACCACUUCAGUGCAGUCCGAUGUUGAGACAAUUGUGAUAAUGUCACGCGACCACUUGCCCAAAAAAAAAGAAUAUACUAAUGCCAGCUCAAACAUGGUUACCCUUAAAGACAAAAAAAAAAAGGGUUUUAAAGAACAUUUAAAAGAAAAUUUUAAAAAUUAUAGGUUAAGUCUGUGCUUGGAGACGUUUACUUCGUCAAGAUGUCUUAUCAGCCACUUGCUGCACCCACAGAAAGAAUCAGUUCCAAAACAAACCCCGAUGACUUCGAAUGGCCUUGAUCUAUUUCCACGGACGAAUGAAACAGUGUUCCAUUGAUUCUGGGGGUUUGAAGAUCAGUUGUUGUUGUUUUUUGGCCUUCUCCUUCUUUGUCUGAAGUCGUGCGUGUCGAUGGCGAACGAAGGAGAAUUUUGGAAGAACUUCAUUUAUUGAAACGACCAGAGAUGUUGAAAAGUUUUUUUUUUAAAAAUAUUUCGUGGAAGGACACAGAUUCAUCUGAAAUCUAAUUGGUCUACUUGAAACAAUCGAUCAGUUUGUGAAUAAAAUCACUAUAGGAUAAUUGGAGCGUAAAGAAAUCACUUCACUUCUGACCUUGAAAUAAUGGUUCGCUUUGUGAAUAAAGCACUAUGGGAUGAUGGAGAGCAUACAGCUGUUACUUCUGAUCUUGAACUUGAAAAUAAUUUAAAAUUGAAACGCUGAUAAAACUUUUACAAGAAUUUCGGUGGUUUCUCUUCAUUUUUUUUAAAUUUUAUUUUCUAUUAAAUGGAAAUCUUAUGUAUAAAUAAAUAUUUUCCUUAUUUAAAAAGUAUAUUUAUUGUGAGAUAUAUUAUUUGAGAUUUCCAAAAGAUAUUAGACGUGGCCAUAAAAUCAAAAUUUUCGACGUGCAUUGUUUAGGUAAUUUCAUCGAAGAUAUUUAUUUAUGAAUUUGUAGCGAACAACUCCUGCAGUUUAAGAGAGAAAGAAAAGUUUUAAUUGGGUUAGAGCGCGGAUUAUUGAAAGUAAAAAAUGAUUAGCAAAAAAAAAAUAAAUAAAUAAAAUAAACAAAGUGAUUAGGUUACAGAAUCAGUCUACUAAAAAGAUAUAUAUUAAAAAAAUAAUUCCCCAUUGUGAGAUUGUUACAAUUUUUUUAUAAAAUCAUACGAGUUUUAAAAAUUGAUAGGUUCAUGCAAUAUGGGAAGUAAAAAAGAAAAAUGUGAUUUCAACCUUUUGAUUGACAACAUCGUACUAAUUAUUUCUUCUCGUCUUUCCAGGUCACUGUCGCGCAAAAGCCUCGUCCUCUUGGUGCUCAUCACAUUCGCCAUCUGCUUCUAUCUUUUUGCGACGUACACAGACAUCGUGCCGACUUUACUGCCGUUCUCAGUUCUCGUCCCAGGCGAUGUCUCGGCGGUCUGGUCUCGGGGUCCACACCAUUACCGUGAAGCGAACGCCGACGAAAGCACAACAGGCGUCCCCGAAUUUGCAGCGAGUUUUUCAGAAUGCACCACUGGUGCUGCUUCCGCUCACGUUAGAAACACGACCACUGAUGUCGCCAACAGUACAGUUUCAAAUAAUCAAAACACUUCUGACGUCAUUUCUUCGGAGCUUCACCAAAAUACGGACAUGAUGGGUCAGUGCAAUCGCUUGCCUUUCCUUGCGUGCGAUCAGACGAAGAUGAACGUUUCUGUUACCAAGCAGUUCCGGGUCUCCGUUCUGCGACGUCCGUCAUGGAUGCAAGCAUUCAGUUUCCACCAGUGUGAAUAUCCCAACUGUCUUUUCGACGACUCCCAGGUUACCGAGGACACGGAUCUAGUCAUCCUGUACGUGGGGGGCCUCAACGAUAACUACAGACCACCUAAAAGAUGGCCCCACGAGAGGUACGCGGCGGCAGUUUGGGAAUCACCGCAUCACACGGGUGCAAGUUUUCUAUACGGUCAGUACUUGAUGUUUAUGUUAUAUACAGUCCCGUAUCCAGAAAUUUAUUAGAAAUAUAUUUGCACAAUUGGAAUCAUUCAAAAAAAAAAAACACAAAUAAAUGAUACUAAAUAGUUUACAGUUGUCCCCAUUACUCACUCGCACUUCAAUCACUUUAUUUAUACCUCCGUUGAAUGAGUUCCAUUUCGAGCAAACUUCUCUUCGAGCAAAAAUCAUUUGUUAAAAAAAUGAUUUGGAAUAAAUUGGUUUUGUAUUCAUUUCUAGUAACCGACUAGUCUAGGGGUCAUGGCAGAAAUUUGAAAAGACUAAAAUACGGGGAGCCAGAAAAUCUCAAAGAAGGGAGACAUUCUCUCUAAUCGUAAUUCCGUCUGGUAAAACGCAUAGUUUUGUUGUUGUCACGCGUGACCCUUUCGUUCGGUCGAUUGAGUCCUUUCUCGUACUCACCCUUAAGGUCGCCUGUGUUGACGGGACAAGCGUUACAGCUCCAGGUUGCUGGGUCCAGGGGAAGGGGAGGAGGUGCUGAGUGAUGGGGAAAAAAGAAAAUGGUAUUUUCUAUUGCCAGUUAUUAAUAGACAUUUGUUGUUUUUGGGUUGUUUUUUUUUGUUGAUAAUUUUCAGAAUGCAAUUUGUAUACUCAAAAUUUGAUAUAUAUAAUAUAUAUAUAUACAUAUAAACACAUUAUAAAAAGACUUUAUUUCCAACACGACUUGAAAGCGCACUGAAAAGUAUAAUUAAAUUUUAUUAAAACCCUUUCCUCAUCAAACCUCAUUUGCUACAAACGCAUGCAUGAUACAACACUUACAAUAUCAUACAUGCAAAUGAAAAUGCAUUCAAAGUUUUUAGGCAAAUAAACUUUGUUUUUAAGGGUUGUUUAUUUUUUUAUAUUUUUUUUUAUAUCAAUGCCAUCGCUUUGCAGAUGCAUGUUUGACACUGAAACAUUUAUUUUCAUGAAUUCAUCACGUACUGACAAUUUUAAGUAAGUUGGAUACAUUUGUUAGGAUUUUUUUUUCCCCAAGCGAGUUUUAAAAAUAAAACAAUAUCGUCCAAACAGUGAAAGCAGUGGAUAACUCGGCUUAGUGCUGCCUGGGGUGUGUCAAGCCUUUUGCCGCACCUCCUCUGCGAAAAUGAUUGACCCCUCAAUAAUUUGAUAAAAAAUGGCCGCCAUUGGCGGAUCACCGUGUAAGGAACACCACCCCCCCCCCCCCCUUUUGCCGCACCUCCUCUGCGAAAAUGAUUGACCCCUCAAUAAUUUGAUAAAAAAUGGCCGCCAUUGGCGGAUCACCGUGUAAGGAACCCCCCCCCCCACUUUCAAGCGCCAAUAAACAAUAGUCAAUCAGAGGAAUUGCUGAUACUGAACCGUACUGAAUGACAUAAUAUAGUAACACCAUUAAGUAGUUUCAACUCUUAGCGAAAAUACACGCUGCACCGAUUCCUUGCUUAAUUGAUAUUUAGUAUUUUUUAACAUGCAUUAUCCUGUAGCAUUGCUUUAUUAGUUAUCUUUUCAAUCUCACUGUCGAUUUCAGACAGUCACUCCGUCUGGAAUCACGCCUUCAACCUGACUGCCACCUACAGGACCGACUCCGACAUCUUCAUCCCGUACAGCAGGCUGAGGUUCCAGCCCAAGCCUGUGAAGGAGAGACCCAACUACGGUAGGCGGAUUAUGUUUAGUAAAUAAAAUAAUAAUAAAAAACGAUUUUCUGUUCUGAUGGGAAAAAAACAACAACUCUGUAGUUUGGCUGAAAUUAUACACUUUAAAGAAAAUUAAUCAUUUUGACCUAUACGAAUGUGCCCUACCUGAUUUGACCAUUCGUGACAAGGGUCGGUUGGCGAUAGAGUUGCCCAUGCUGGGUUCACAUAUUGCAAACCGUAUAUGGCCUAAAAGCAUUUGAGGAAAAAUUCAUGCUAAAGUUUAUAUUAUGCCAAAGGGGUCAGGUGACCUAUUAAGAACACAACUUUAAGGGAUAUGGAGAAAAUUAAACACAUUAUAAUGCAAAACAAAUCCAUAACGAAAUGGUGUACAUUUUUUUAGGAUUUAUGAAACCAGACGGGUAGCUAAGGGUGGGGGCAGAGAGGAACAGAUGUCCCCGGGUUGCCAGACUAGUUGGAGGUGUCAAAAUCGACUUUAAUUAAUUAUAUUUUUAAAAAAAUGAAAAUAGCGUGUUUCACAUUUGAGUGUUGGGGUUGGUUGGGGGGGGGGGGAGAAUGGAUCUUUUCUCCAGGUACCAGGCUGGGUGCGCCAUUGUUUGUUAGUCGGUCUAGCCAAAGCCCAUUCCCCCCACCCUUAUAAAAAAAUGAAAAUAGCGUGUUUCACAUUUGAGUGUUGGGGUUGGUUGGGGGGGGGGGGAGAAUGGAUCUUUUCUCCAGGUACCAGGCUGGGUGCGCCAUUGUAUGUUAGUCGGUCUAGUCAAAGCCCAUUCCUCCCAACCUUUCUCACAUUGUAACCGUUUGAUAAUAAUAUUUAAAAAAUUUACUAAAGUACUAAUAGAAAAUCCAGUAGUCAUGGUCAAACGCGACACCAUGAGGUGAUAUCAGGGAUUAUUUUUGAAAAUUUCCCCCGGGGUGGGGGCACUUCAGAUUUUUCAGGAGGCAGUGCCAGCAGUGCCAGCAGUGCCAGUUGAUUUAUUGUUGGAUAUAUUUUUGCUCGGAGCGGGGCACUUGGCUUUCCAGGGGGUAGUCAGUCCCCCCCCCCCGAGAUCUAGAUGAAAGAAACCCCCUGGUUGAUACGCCAUGUUCUCUCAGAGCACGACAGGUCGUCAAACAAUGCUUAGCAGCAGGUAGCAAAACAGUUUGAGAUUGGUUUUGAUGUAAAAACAUGAGCAGCAUGGUGGUGGUGGUGGUGUCGGUGGUGGUGCCUACAUGUAAACUGUAUGCACCUUAUCCCUCGCGAAGUCAUGUCAGUAGAUGUUGUGAGCGCCUUUUACGCUGAAAAGGCGUACUGACUGGUAAACAUGUUUGUCGCAAAUUGUGGUGUGCUCUUUAAGGGUAGCUUGAGUAUGUAAACGGCUUGGGGAGUUAGAUGUAGGUGUUUUAGUGGAAACAGCUCCAACGGACAACUGCGCGGUGUCAGAUGAAUGCACAGCAGCUUACGAUUGUAUAUAUAUAUAUAUAUAUAUAUAUAUAUAUAUAUAUAUAUAUAUAUAUAUAUAUAUAUGCAGUUGAGUAAGAAGAGGGUUGCUGAGGUGUGGGGCCUGCGCCCCCGAUGACUCGUACUUCUUUCUAUUGAGGGGCAUUAUCUUUCGCUUGCUGUGUGCGUCUGGAAGGGGGCGGAAAUUUUUUAGCCCGCCCCGAUUUGAGCGAAAACCUAAAAAUCUUGCUGCGUCACUGGGUACAUCAGAACAUCAGUAAGGGUCCAAUAUAGCUAGUAAUUUAGUACAAAUUUAAAGUAUAUUAAAUCUUUUCUUAGCUCUGGACUUAUUAAGUGUCCGGGCCUUACUUUUGCGACCACUCGUUGAGAUAAUCAAAUGAUUAUUAUUUUUAAAAUGUGAUGUCCACCAGGUGAGAUUGCCAAGAUGAAGAAUAAAACUGCCGCCUGGUUUGUCAGCAACUGCAAGACGCAAUCAAGACGAGAAGAUUAUGUCAAAGAGAUGCAGGUAACGGGACACAAGUGAAUGGUUGUUUGGUUAAUUGUAUCAUGGCAUGUGUACCUGAUUGUUUUGUUGUUUUUUGUUGUUGUUUUUUUUGGGGGGGGGUGGGGGGGGGGCGUUGGUGCGAUUUGCGAUUAUGGAUCAUACAUAUGAAACGGUGUAGUCAUCACGAAGUGGGCAGAGGGUGGCGGGAGUGUGGGGAGAGGGGCGGGCAGUGCUCCCAUUUCAACUCUGAUCGACAAAGGAGCAGGAUUUUGAAGAAUAUGUUUUAACCUAAUGACACAACCCUGCGGCAUUCUUAUUGUGUUCGAACGUUAGCCUCCUCUGGCCCUGAUGUCGAAAGUUGUGUCGGAUGCCAUACUGUGUUAUUUACUGCUCUAAUUUGUUCAUGAUUGAGGAGCAAAUGUGAAAGAAACAAAAAGUUACUGAACUAAUUUUACGUAUAUAUGAUAGUAGCUUUAAAUCUGUAUAAAUUAUUCGUUACUAUUUACCAUAUGCCCCCCCCCCCCAAUUUUUCACGACAUCAAAAAAACUAAAUAAUCUCAUCAGGAAUCAUUUUGUGAAUAAUUUCAAGCGUCUGUUACACUCCAGGAUUUAGCCAAAGAGUUGGAUACGCACAUUAUUUGGCUCUGAUAACAUAGUAGCACACCAUAUUCAUUUAUAAAAAAUUAAUUGCGUUGCUUUCAAGAAGAAUUUAAGACAAGAAAUAGCCGCUACUUUAACUGGAAAAUUGAAUCAUUAAAAAAAAAAUACCAACUUGGGUUAAGGCAUGCAUUUUUUUAAAAGACUUUCUCUCACAUGCAGAUUUGUCUAGACUUAGCUCUGACAAAUUUUUAUUUUAUUUUUUUUACAUUUUUAUAUUUUGAUUUUCUUUUAUUAUUUUCCACAUCAGUUCCAGUUGCGAAAACGCAUUUGGAAAACAAAAAUGCGUUUAGUUUGCGUUUUGUUUUUUUUCUUUAUUUACACAAAAGUGACCACAUUAUUUAUGUAACACCAAUUAAGUAGUGAUGGUCUCUGUACCUUGUUUUUCCCCCCCUGGCAGCCAUCAAAAUAUUUAUACAUUAUGAAAUCGAUUAAUGUUUGUGCUUCUAGAGGUGAUUAAAUUUUACUCCUGAGAUUGUUAUCUCAAAAGAAUGAUUUUGACAAAACAAAACAAUUAGUCAUUCAAAAUUAAACCCAUCCAAGAUUGACACCAUCGAAUUUUGCAGAUGUACACAUAAGCUGUACACUUUAAUCAUAGUAAAAAAAAAGAUAUUCUUCUGGACUGCCGUUUUUGGCUAUACUAUUUCUAAAAAUAUCUUUCAUUUUUUUUUUUUGAACUUCCAGAAAUAUAUCGACGUGGACAUCUACGGAGCAUGCGGCCAGCCCUGCUCCAAAGACAACCCCGAUUGUUUGGCACAACUGCCCUGGCAGUACAUGUUCUACCUCUCCUUCGAGAACUCGAUCUGCACGGACUAUGUCACUGAAAAACUCUUCAAGCUCUUCGAGCCGGAAAUGCACAUCGUUCCAGUGGUGAGGGGCGGGGCCAACUACGACCGGCACUUGCCCAAGGACACUGUCGUCAACGCGGCCAACUUCAAGUCGGCCAAAGAUUUGGCGCUGCACUUGAAGACACUGGCCGGUGACUGGAAGGCCUACAGCAAACUGCUGGAGUACAAGGACAUGUACCGGUCCGACAGCAGUCAAGGGAUUGACGGGAUAGCUUGUAUUGCUUGCAAGUUUCUAAACACAAAGCCGGUGGAGAGUAAGGUCUACGAUAUGAAAGCGUGGAUGGGAGACAACCACUGCAGAGAACCGAAUGACAUAACGUGAUCAAGAGUUAAUCCGCUUCAUUUCGCUUCGUUUCGUAGUAGGGGUAACUCAAAGGGAAACGACCCAAAAAAGUAGCAGGAACUUCUCCAGUUCGCGUUCGUUUCAUUUUGAAGUAGAGUUGGAUUUCAACCAAAACGCUGGUCGGUCGUCCCAUCGGCUUAUGAAGAAAUGUUUAAAUGCUGUGAUUCCAGCUUCAUCGAACCACUCCUGCCCAACCAUCCCCCCCCCCCCUUUUCCCACAUAUAUUGAUCGGGUAAUAAUAGAAAUUAAGAAUCUUUCUCUUCUAAGAAAAAAAAAAUUACUUUUAAAGAUAGGAUUUCAACCAAAACGCUGGUCGGUCGUCCCAUCGGCUUAUGAAGAAAUGUUUAAAUGCUGUGAUUCCAGCUUCAUCGAACCACUCCUGCCCAACCAUCCCCCCCCCUUUUCCCACAUAUAUUGAUCGGGUAAUAAUAGAAAUUAAGAAUCUUUCUCUUUUAAGAAAAAAAAAAUUACUUUUAAAGAUGUGUGGUCUACGCGUGACUCAAUGAACACUGGAAAUGUAGCUUUUGGGACAGGUUUACUGGAUUCUUGUCAAGAAAAUAUUUUGAAAAAAAAAUUGACUUUGGUUUAAACCAAAAAAUAUAAAACAACAACAAAAACAACAAAAACAACAACAAAAACAACAACAACAACAACAAACAUGAACCUCAAAAUAAUUACACUAAGAAAACUUUAUAUGCAAAAAAAAAUGUUUUUUUGCAAAAUUUAAUGCAAGUCUCUUUCUCACUUUAAAAAAAAAAAACUUUUAAAGAAAUAUAUUUUAAGAACUGACUUUUUGUAAAAACUUUUGUUGUUUUAUAAAAGUUUAUUGUCUAAAUGUAGAGGUUUUUUUGUUUGUUUGUUUUUUUUUUUGCUUGGCUUUUAGUCAAAUUUAAUUUGUUGUUGUGUGUUAAAAUGCCUGUAUUCUGUGAAGUCCUGUUUGUUGACCCUGCCAGUGUAAGGACGUUACGUGCCAUCGACUGCCUAGGGAUCCGACAGUCCCGUGUUGUCUGAAAUGCCCUGCACACUUAUAUUAAUUUUAUUAUCAUUCCAAGCUUGCAAAAUAAAUAACUAAAAAAAGACCUUGGUACGUUGACAAUCGGGAGUUCCCAUUGCAGAUUUGUUGUGUGUUAGUUCUUUUUAGUAAAAAACUGACUAUAAUAUUGAAAAGCUGUGCGCUCGGCGUGUGCCAUGUUGGCUUACUGCAUAUUUUGAAUUUGUUUUUACACUUUUUCUGGCAUUUCAGAAAUAUUUUUUUUUUAAUCACUAAUAAUGCCCACUCUAAUAAAAAAUAAAAUAAAAUAUGUUGUUUUAACUGGUUGCUUCAUGCUAUAAUUUAACUAGUCCUACCUGUCCCAAAAUAAUUCUUUGAUCCCGUUCAGAAUAAUUGAUGCAAAAAAAGAAUUUUGUUUUUAUUAUGUGAAUAAUCCUUUCUGCUAGUAGUUAACUAUCACUAACUCUUAUAAGAAUAUACUGUGAUGUAAUAAAAAAAUAUAUAAUACUGCCAAUAACAUGACUGAUUGUUGAUUAUCCCCAUCCGUCAUUAUUUCACAAUGAAAUUCAAAUUUAAUGCAAAUCAUAAGGCAAAUUCGGACAAAACGCGGUCAUGGCAUGACUUCCCAAAAUCUUCGUAUUUUAUUUGCAUUUUACAGGGGGAUUGAAAAAGGACAAACUAUUGUUUUAUAUUAUUUCUUAUCAUGUGGUCUACUUUUUUUAAUGAACAUAUUUUGUUAAUAUGAAUAGCAAAAUAUAUAUCUUUUGGUUUUCCUGUUAACAAAAAAAUGUGUCCAAUAAAAAAAUAAAAAUUGUUUUUCUUUCUGUUCAUUUAGUCCACUUUUUUAUUGGACAUAUUUAGUUAACACAAAUAAAUAAAUAUAUAAAUAUAUAUAUAUAUACAUCCGACAUUCCGCUAUGUUAUAUGCCUUGUUAAAUUGUGCCAUUAAUUUAAAUUAUCACUUUGUAUUGAUUCUUUUCUCACAUGCAAUCUAAAAUUAAUGUAUUACCAGUUGUUGUUUUUUUUUUUUUUUUUUUUUUUUUU